AUGGGCCUUGUGAGAGGUGUCCCAGCUGAUUGGUCGAUGCAGGAAUUUGUCGAAACCUUGGAAAUUCCCGAAGGUACAGGUAUAGUCCUCAAGGCCAGACGCCUAAACCGCAAGACGAACUCCGAUGGUCAAAUUAAUUGGAUCCCAACACAAACCGUUGUUCUAACUUUUCAAGGUCAAACCCUUCCUGAGAGAAUAUUCUCUUGUCAUAGUUCCCUCCGCGUUGAAACGUACCAACUCCCUACAAUUCAGUGCCUUAACUGUUGUAGGUUUGGUCACGUAAAGUCACAAUGCCGAUCGAAGCCUAGGUGUUUUCGUUGUAGUCUAGCCCAUUCUGGUGAUGAGUGUAAUAUCCCUGACACAGAGUCAUUAUGUUUAUUUUGUACUGCCUCACACUUUGCGACCAACAAAGCUUGCCCUGAACAUAAUCGACAAAGAAAUAUAAAGAGUUGUAUGUCUCAAGAGAGCAUUUCUUAUCUCGAAGCAUCGGCUCGGUUUAGACCUAUCAAUGGCAAAACUUUUGCAGAUUCUGUAAAAACAACCCCCUCCCCUCUUUAUCCCAGCCCAUUACUUUACCUUCCCAAGUUUCCCGUCAGACUACAUCUUACAGGAAAACUGUAUUUCUCCCCUCCUCGCUCUAGACCAACAUCAGGAAAAUCCUUUGAUAAGGCGGCCCAUGAGGCCAUUACUUCCAAUUUACCCUCCUCUUUACCCAAUGGUUGUGCCGUAAGCUCCCCUUCCCUUAUCAACAAUGAAGUCUCCCCAAAUGAAAAUCUUCUUGACUGCUUAUGGGCAGUCAUUUGUAAUAUGCUAUCCAAAUAUGAUGACAUCCCCAUACCGUCCCACGUUGCCCAAAAAUUAAUUUGCUCCACUCAUUCGUCACCAAAAAUGGCGAAUCUGGUUCCUCCUCCUGUUGUCAUGUUGGGUGAUUUCAAUGCCCACCAUGUUUCUUGGGGUUGUCAUUCCUCAGAUUCUUUUGGGUCCCUUCUACUAGAUUUACUCGAUGAUAUAAACAUAAGUGUCUUGAAUAAUGGUUGUCCUACGAGAAGGAGUCUUCCAUCUCAGAAUCCCGCUAACGCAGUGGAUUUAUCACUUUGUUCUCCUGAUCUUUUCCCUUUUCUAUCCUGGCGUGUUUUUAAGAGCACUUUCUACCAACAAGCUUCUGCAGCUGCUCGCAGACUUCUAAAUAAUAAGAAACGUCUUGGUUGGCAUAAGUUCUGUGAGAGCAUGUGCCCUGGUACCCCUUCGUCUGUUGUUUGGAGGCAGAUCAGAAGAUUCCGUUGUUCCCUCAAUUCUUAUGAUGUCCCAUUUAAUGAUCCGUCUAGCUGGAUUACCUCCUUUGCCGACAAAUUGGCUCCUCCAUCAGUCCCUUUUUAUGAUUGUCUUCCUUAUAAGUAUAAUUCUUACAUCCCCUCUUCAAACAGUCUAGAUUGUCAAUUCUCCUUGGAAGAACUUAACAAAGCAUUAAAUGGUCUCUCUGACUCUUCCCCUGGAGAAGAUGGAAUCCCUUACUCAUUCCUCAUAAAUUCUGCAUUAGGCACUAAGAGGUACUUUCUAGAUUUAGUAAACUGUUUUUUCGAUCUUGGAAUUAUUCCUGAAUCGUGGAACAGACAAAUCGUCAUUCCGCUUCUAAAACCUGGCAAAGAUCCAUCAGAUUUCUCUUCAUACAGACCUAUUGCUUUGUCUUCUACCCUUUUAAAAAUCAUGGAACAUUUGAUUAAAAUUCGUUUAGAAUGGUUUUGUGAAAAUAACAAUAUCUUUGCAAAAUCCCAGUUUGGUUUCAGGAAAGGCUUAAGUACGAUGGAUAGCCUAGGUAUAAUAACGACCGACAUUCGCAUUGCUUUUAAAAAGAAACAGUUCCUGGUGGGUGUUUUCUUGGAUAUCGCAUCUGCGUAUGACCACGUGCUGGUUCCGGUGCUCAGGCAAAAAAUGCUUCAGCUGAGUAUUCCUGAGAAGUUGGUACGUUUUGUUUGCAAUGCAGUUUCGAAUCGUUAUAUUAUUAUAAGAUCUCAAAAUACGGAGCUGUCUCCUAGAUCUAUUUGGAGGGGCUUACCUCAAGGUUCUGUUUUGAGUCCUCUUCUGUACAACAUUUACACCUAUGACCUGGAGCUUGUUGUGAAUUCCUUCUGUCAGAUUCUUCAAUACGCGGACGAUGUAGCCUUAUACUUUUCAUCAAAUUCUAUUGAAGAGGCAUCAUCACGCCUAAAUUCAGCUUUGGAUUAUUUGGGUGAUUGGUUAAAUGAUCAUGGUCUCUCUAUUUCUGUGCCCAAAUGUUCGGCGGUCACGUUUACUACAAAAUACAAGGUUCCACGGUGUAACAUUUCAUAUAAAGGGUCCUUGGUAUCGUGUUGUAAGCAAGUAAAAUUUUUAGGCCUUAUUUUAGACUCAAAGUUAAACGGUGUUCCUCAUUUUAACCAUGUGAUUAAAAAAAGUGAGAAGGGUGUUAAUGUUCUCCGUUCAUUAUCUGGUGUGAGGUGGGAGCACACCCCUACUCGCAAAAGCUUUUAUACAAUGCUGUGGUACGAAGUCAUUUUGAUUAUGGCACCUUCCUUUUAG